AUCAGGAGACUUUUCUCACCCACUGGCCACUACAAAUAUGAAUCCCAUUCUUUACCACUUUUAAUCAUCUCCUCUCAAGGCUUUUCUCCCUCUCAUUCAUUUCUUCUUUACUCCCACUCUCAAUUCUCUAAUCCUCAUACCUCAAAUUCGUUUCAUAAUAUAUUCUCCACCGCCAUGUAUUCACCACCAAAUCAUCAUCAACAACAUCGUCAACCAGGUGUUGGAUUAGCUCGUUACGUUUCAGCUCCUGGAUCAUUCUUAUCUAACAUCGUUGAUUCAGUCAUGGGAUCUGGUAAUGAAGAUGAUUUCACACACGCAUCACAAAAUCAUCAUAUCACUCACCAACAUCAACAGCAAAAUCAAAAUCAACUGCAUCAGUACUUUUCUAAUGGUAAUUCUUCUACGAUGUCGUCAAAUGAGUCGUCUCUAGCCGAUUUGAAACCGAUGUUUCAAACCGAUUCAAGAGUUUAUAAUAACAAUGGAAACGCCAUUACUACUGCUACUACAACUACAACUACUACUAGUAAUGGCGGUCUUCAGAGAUCUUACGGAAUGAAUCAAGUAGCAGCCGCCGCUGGAAAUUCGUCUUUGCUUCGUCAUAGUAGUUCUCCCGCUGGAUUUUUUAACAAUCUCAUGGUUGAUAACGGCUUUUCAAUUUCAAAUGGAGCUGGAGGAGGAUAUACAAAAGCUGGUACUAAUAUAGGCCAUGGAAGAUUAAAAACUCAAUUGAGCUUCACACAAGAUUCACUUUCACAAAUCUCCGAAGUGGGGGAGAGCGUCGCAGGUGGUAGUUCCGAUGAGGGUUUCACAGUGGGAACGUGGGACGAUGCAAUCAAUUUUUCUAAUGCUGCAAACAAAAGAGCUAAGAACAACAAUGGAGAUAUCAUGAACAUGAGCGAUUUAGAGUCACAGUCUUUGUUUAAUCUUCCACGGUAUCAAAGUGAUUCCGUUCAGUGCAAAACUCGGGCUAGAAGGGGUUUUGCUACUCAUCCACGAAGUAUUGCUGAAAGGGAGAGAAGAGGUCGAAUUAGCGAAAAUUUGAGGAAACUACAAGAGCUUGUUCCAAACAUGGAUAAGCAAACAAGCACUGCAGAUAUGUUGGAUUUGGCAGUGCAACACAUCAAAGGCCUCCAAGGAGAUGUUCAGAAAUUAAACAAAGAUCUUGAAGGAUGCACCUGUGAAUGUAGAAAAUCAACAUAACGUGCUAACAAGAGGAGAUCUAGCUAAAACAUGUGAUCAGUCCCAAUGAAGAUGUGAGAGUGGAAGACAAAUCUUAGAUGGAGUAUUUCAAAGAAAUGAAAGCUUUGGAAGAUAUACCAUAUUACUACUUCAAAAACACAUCUGAUUUGUCAAUUCUCACUUGUAUAUACUGAAGAUAUCUCACGUCGUCUUCUUUGUACUGUCCACUAGUAUUGUUCUAGAUAAAAUGGUGGGUAGGGUGAUUGGUGUAUCUUGAUUUAUAAACUAGAUCAUUUUUCUCAUUUUUGUUUGGUUUUUUGUUGUAUCAAGAGGAAGUUAAUUUGUAGAAAAAUUCUGUUUUCCAUUGUUAGUUUUCUCAGUGUAAUAAUUUUUGUUAAGUGCAUCAUUUCUCUCUUUUGCAGAA